AUGGAUUCCUGGCCAAGCAGCAGCACCUUCGCCCCCAACCUGCAAAAUGCCAAAGGCAAAACCAAGGAUGAGCUGUCGCGUCGAUGCUACCCAAACCUUGAGUCAGGGAUGACUGGAGCUAUUACCCUUGUUGAGAAUGACGGCCGUUUGACUUGGGGAUCGAUUUUCAAGGGACCCUUUGCAGAUAGCUCGGAAAGGCGUUUAAGGAUUGGCAAUCCUGUUGCUGUUUUCCCCUCCACCCGAUCUGGACCUCCACAAAUUCCCCGCCUCACUGUUUUACAACACGCGGAGCAAGGUGCCAAUUUCCUGCGCACCUUCUUGCCAGACGUGGACAUCGCUGCAGAGCUCAUCCGCGACCAAAUUACUGAAGAAACGAUGCUCGCACGUCAACGCGAAGACUUCGAUCCUUACGCGAGAAAUUUGAUUUCAACCCUCUCAUUAUCUGAUCGAGGGGGAUAUAUUGCCUUUCCAAUGGGUGAGCUGAGACGCGAGCUCAACCUGUCAUCCUUCGUCUCUUUAAAGAAGGGUGUUAAGAUUCAGCCCUCGGUCCUCCCUGCACAUUCAUUUUCUACACCUAUACAGCACAUUGUAUCACCAAGUCGAGUACUAACCGAUGCAGGUGAAGCGUACUUUGUGAUUCAAAGUAGUUCCGACAGAGAGUUAACUGCAGCCAUAUUAUAG